UGUUUUCAUUUCCUAGCAGUAUUCUUAGUUUAGGCGCAAAUGUUAAACCAAUUUUAAUCACAAUGAACAACUUUAGAUUGCUUGUUAUAUUCAUAGUGUAUUUUUAUAUAAAGUCAAGUUUAAAAGUUUUUGCAACUAGGCAGCGUGACGAUUUAGAAUGUGAAUUUCCACCCAAAGGGACUGAGGACUUGAGGCAUCUCAGACGAAAGCGAUUGACCACCGAAACUGGGGUGGUGUGUCUUGAAGACUAUCCUUACACAGUCUCAGUAAGAUUACACGACAAACAUUGGUGUGGUGGAGCGCUGGUUGCGACAGAAUGGGUGAUAACAGCUGCGCAGUGUUUCGAUUAUACAACGGUCGACGAAGUGACGAUAAGGCUGGGCUCAGUGUUCAGAGACUUCGGCGGGAAGCUUCUGUCAGCUGUGGACAUCGUGCGUCAUCCCUCUUACAAACAGAGGGUGUACUACCCCGAACAUAACAUUGCUCUCGUCAAGAUGAACACAAAGGCAGAGCUAAAUAAUCGCAUCCGGCCCGUAGCGCUGGCCGCGCGCGACACCGAGCUGCCGGCUUAUUACGGAGAAACUGUCGUCACUGGAUAUGGAUCUGUGACAACCGGUAUAAUACGUGAAGGCGUGAACCAGGAGCUUCGUCGUAUGAUUGUGAAUGAGGUGGCGAAGAAAGUCUGCAGAGCAAAGUACGGCAUCGACUACUACCUGCAACACGACCACAUGUGCCUGCAGGGGAGAGAUCGCAGGGUGGCUCUGUGUGCGGGUGACACUGGAGAUCCCGCUGUCCACUUCACUAACGUGAAUCCGGCGGGAACGCUUUAUGGAAUCGCUAUAUUUUCCGGGACCGAAGACUGUGCCAAUAAAUCGAAGCCUGGCAUAUACGCCAAGGUUUCCUAUAGCAUCCCGUGGAUAGUUGAAGUCAUAACAGAGAAGAAAGAAAGUCGCGAAAGUGAAGAGAACACUAUCCAACUUGAAAUUACAGAAUAAACUUAAAUAGAAAAUAUUAUAAUUA